AUGGCGUCGGGCGGUGGUACGAGGCUCAAGUACAGGAUCGUCAAGUGCACUUCCGAGGAGCCCGACUAUCCUGUUACUGAGCUGCUCUCCCAUUCGCAGCAGACGAAGGGAUGGCAGACAGCGCGCUUCUGCGAGUUUCCCCAGGAGGCCCGAUUGGGUGCGUUGCGUGGGGGAUCUUGGUUUGGAUCAGAAUUUCUCCGUGCGGACGCAUGCUUUGCUCGUUUGAGUUCUUGUGACGGUGCCCUCCGGCGUGGCUCAGAAUACCAAUCUGCUUGUUUUAUCUCCGCCAUCGUUUGCUGCUUGGGUGCGAUGUCUGAGAAGGUGAAGAUCGGCAUUCUGAGCACAGCGGCCAUCGUUGGCAAAGUCCUUCCAGGCCUCAAGCAUGGCAUGGAGGUCGUCGGCGUGGCCUCCCGCGAUCGACAAAAAGCUCAGGACUUCUGUACGACCCACGAUUGUGGAGUGGGCAUGCUUUAUGACGAAAUGCUGGAGCGUGACGAUGUGGACGUGCUCUACAUCCCGCUGCCAACAGGCUUGCGGAACGAGAAGAUAGCAAAGGCAAUCUCGCGAGGAAAGCACAUCUACUCCGAGAAGCCAAUGGGAGGAACGGCUUCGGAGCUCUCCGAGCUUCUGAAGCUGUGUGAGGAGAAGGGCCUUCAAUGGAUGGAUGGCACAAUGUGGUAUCAUUCACUCAGGACCAAGGAGAUCGAGAAGAAGCUGUCGGGUGGGGAGCUGGGUCAGGUGCUUCGGGUUUCGGCCUCCUUCACGUUCAUGGCACCGGAUGAGGCCUGGCUCCAGGGCGGCAACGGCAGGACAGACAAGUCCCGGGAGCCGAUGGGAUGCCUGGGAGAUCAAGGCUGGUAUCCGCUCUCUGCCAUUCUCUGGGCGUUUGGGUGGACGAUGCCUGAGAAGGUGAUGUGUACACAUGUCACCCUGAACAAGGUCGACACCAUCGUUCAGUGUGCGGGUACCUUGUGGUUCCCAGGCAACAGAUCUGCGGUUUUCGACUGUGGGUGCACUUCGCCGCACCGCAGUCAGUAUGAGAUCGUCUGCGAGAAGGGCACCUUGAGGGUGGACGACCUUGUGGGUGGACAGCAAAGGACAGGCAACUUCGCCGCGUACGAGGUCCCUUUCGUCGGCAGUGCUGAGUACAUCCAAGGCGAUGUGAUGGGCAAGGACCAAGUCGUGCAGGUAGAAGCAUGCGAUCACGUGAACAUGCUGGUCGAUGAUCUGGCUAGCUGCAUCAAGGCCAUCAAAGCCGGUGGAAAGCCUGAUUUAGACUGGCCACGUCGCUCCCUCUCUGUGCACAAGGUCAUGUCUGCAGUCUUCGAAUCAGCGCAGAACGGCGGAAUAGCCGUUGAAGUUGCCAAUUAA